CGCCCGCGGGGCGGGGCUGGCGUACUGCGGUGCAGCCACAAAGCCCGGCGGUGCGGGAGCGGCGGCCGGCGCCGGGCGGGGAUGGCAGCGCCCCGGCUCUGAGCGCUGCGGGGUGAAGGCUCCGAGCUUCCCCCCCGCCUUCCCCCCCGCCUUCCCCCAACGGCCGCGCCGGGGCGGGCGGCGAUGGUCGCUGCGCGGGGGGCUGAGGUGCGCUGCCGCCGCCGCCGCGCGUGAGCCGGUCGCCCUCCCCGCCCUCAUGCCCCGCUAGCGGCAGGGAGGCCGCCCGCAGUGCCCGCCUCGCAGAGGGCUCGGUGCGGCAGCCCCUCGCUGCAGCCGCCCGCCAGCCAGCCGCCCGCCGCCCCGCCGCGAUGGCGGAUCCCGCCGAGUGCAGCAUCAAGGUGAUGUGCCGGUUCCGGCCCCUCAACGAAGCCGAGAUCCUCCGGGGCGACAAAUUCAUCCCCAAGUUCAAAGGCGAGGAGACGGUGGUCAUCGGGCAAGGGAAGCCGUAUGUCUUUGAUAGAGUGCUACCUCCUAAUACAACCCAGGAACAAGUUUAUAAUGCCUGUGCCAAGCAGAUUGUUAAAGAUGUUCUUGAAGGCUAUAACGGCACAAUCUUUGCUUAUGGACAGACAUCAUCAGGAAAAACUCAUACUAUGGAGGGGAAGCUGCAUGACCCUCAGCUAAUGGGAAUCAUUCCAAGAAUUGCACAUGACAUCUUUGAUCACAUCUAUUCCAUGGAUGAAAACCUGGAGUUUCACAUAAAGGUUUCCUACUUUGAGAUUUAUUUGGACAAAAUAAGGGACCUACUUGAUGUGUCAAAAACGAACCUUGCUGUACAUGAAGAUAAAAACAGAGUUCCAUAUGUUAAGGGAUGUACAGAAAGAUUUGUGUCUAGUCCUGAAGAAGUUUUGGAUGUCAUUGAUGAAGGGAAAGCUAACCGUCAUGUAGCUGUUACAAAUAUGAAUGAACACAGCUCUAGAAGCCACAGUAUCUUCCUCAUUAAUAUUAAGCAAGAGAAUGUGGAAACUGAGAAGAAGCUCAGUGGAAAGCUUUACCUGGUAGACUUGGCUGGAAGUGAGAAGGUCAGCAAAACUGGAGCGGAGGGUGCUGUUCUUGAUGAAGCUAAAAAUAUCAAUAAGUCUUUGUCUGCAUUAGGCAAUGUGAUAUCUGCCUUGGCAGAAGGAACUAAAACCCACGUUCCAUACCGAGACAGCAAAAUGACCCGAAUACUUCAGGAUUCCCUUGGUGGAAACUGCAGAACCACCAUUGUUAUAUGCUGUUCUCCUUCUAUUUUCAAUGAAGCGGAAACAAAGUCUACACUAAUGUUUGGACAGCGAGCUAAGACUAUUAAGAACACAGUCUCUGUGAAUCUGGAGCUGACAGCAGAAGAAUGGAAGAAAAAGUAUGAGAAAGAAAAAGACAAAAACAAGAGUCUAAAGAAUGUUAUUCAGCAUCUAGAGCUGGAACUGAACAGGUGGAGAAAUGGAGAAGCUGUGCCUGAAGAUGAGCAGAUCAGUGCAAAGGAUCAGAAGAACCUGGAGCCUUGUGAUAACACCCCAAUUAUUGACAAUAUCACACCAGUUGUUGCCAGCAUCUCAACAGAGGAGAAACAGAAAUAUGAUGAGGAGAUUGCCAGUCUCUACAGACAGCUGGAUGAUAAGGAUGAUGAAAUCAACCAGCAGAGCCAGUUGGCUGAAAAGCUGAAACAACAAAUGUUGGAUCAAGAAGAGCUUUUGGCCUCCACUAGGAGAGAUUAUGAGAAGAUUCAAGAAGAGCUGACCCGUCUUCAGAUUGAGAAUGAAGCUGCAAAAGAUGAGGUGAAGGAGGUCCUUCAAGCCCUCGAAGAAUUAGCUGUCAAUUAUGACCAGAAAUCCCAAGAAGUGGAGGACAAGACAAGGGCCAACGAGCAGCUGGCUGAUGAGCUGGCACAGAAGAGUACUGUCCUGACAGCUACGCAAAGGGAGCUGGGCCAGUUGCAGGAACUCAGUAACCAUCAGAAGAAAAGAGCUACAGAGAUCUUAAACUUGCUGCUUAAGGACCUAGGAGAGAUUGGAGGAAUCAUUGGUACGAAUGAUGUUAAAACAUUAGCAGACGUGAACGGGGUGAUUGAAGAAGAGUUCACCAUGGCACGGCUCUACAUCAGUAAGAUGAAAUCUGAGGUAAAAUCUCUUGUGAACCGCAGCAAGCAGUUGGAGAGUGUCCAGAUAGACUCCAACAGGAAGAUGAACGCCAGCGAGAGGGAGCUAGCAGCUUGCCAGCUCCUCAUCUCACAACAUGAAGCAAAGAUCAAGUCCCUUACAGACUACAUGCAAAAUAUGGAGCAGAAGAGAAGGCAGCUGGAAGAAUCACAGGACUCUCUCAAUGAAGAACUUGCCAAAUUACGUGCUCAAGAAAAAAUGCAUGAAGUCAGCUUCAAGGAUAAGGAGAAGGAACAUCUGACCCGGCUUCAGGAUGCAGAGGAAAUGAAGAAGGCACUGGAGCAGCAGAUGGAGAGUCACAGGGAAGCCCAUCAGAAGCAGCUGUCCAGACUGAGAGAUGAAAUUGAAGAGAAGCAGAAAAUAAUUGAUGAAAUCAGAGAUAUGAAUCAGAAGCUGCAACUGGAACAAGAGAAAUUGACUGCUGAUUAUGAUAAAUUAAAAAUUGAGGACCAGGAAAGAGAAAUGAAAUUAGAAAAGCUCAUAUUGCUGAAUGAUAAAAGGGAACAAGCAAGAGAAGAUCUCAAGGGGCUGGAGGAAACUGUGGCAAGAGAACUUCAGACCCUCCACAACCUACGCAAACUGUUUGUUCAAGACCUCACUACUCGAGUUAAAAAAAGUGUUGAACUUGACAGUGACGAUGGAGGUGGAAGCGCUGCGCAGAAGCAGAAAAUUUCCUUUCUUGAGAACAACCUGGAACAACUUACAAAGGUUCACAAACAGUUGGUACGUGAUAAUGCAGAUCUUCGUUGUGAGCUUCCUAAACUGGAAAAACGACUUAGAGCUACGGCAGAGAGAGUUAAGGCCCUGGAGAGUGCACUGAAGGAGGCCAAGGAGAAUGCCAUGCGAGAUCGCAAGCGGUACCAGCAGGAGGUAGAUCGCAUUAAGGAGGCUGUAAGAGCCAAAAACAUGGCACGGAGAGCACACUCUGCUCAAAUUGCCAAGCCCAUCCGCCCUGGUCAUUACCCGGCGUCUUCUCCAACGGCUGUUCAUGCCAUCCGAGGGGGAGGGAUGUCAAACUCCAGCUACUAUCACAGCACUAAAUAAACAAGAAGUCAAUUCCACUUAGCAUGUUAAGAACUGUCAUUAAGUCACUAGUUUGUUUUUUCCUCUUCAACCUGAUCCACGUUCUAUUCAUCAUGCGCUUCCUACAGCCAUCAGCAGUGCACUGGUCCCAGAUACUCUGAGCUUCGUAGGAUCUCCAGGUGUACAGAAGUGCUCAGCUCAACUCUUCGACAAAUACUUGUACAAUGUAUUUAACAUAACCAUCUAAGUAACGAUAGGAAGUCUGCCAUCCAGAAUAUUUCACUGACUGCAUUUGACUCUUGGCGCUGGUUAGGUUGGGGCUUCUACACUCAGAUUGAUGCUUUUCGAAGUACUCUGUUGCAUCUGUAAAUCCCAACUUCUGGCAUCAAAGAAUUAAUUAUUCAAUGACCAAGUGCCAUCAAAGGCAGGUGAUUGUGCUCUGUCAUGACUGAUUUACUGUAUAAUAUACAUAUUAUUUUAUAUUUUUAGGGGAUGAAAACGUGCUGCUAUAUGGUUUAAUUUUACUGCUUACAUUUUUGGAAGUAAAUUUCCCCAAAGAACCAUUUGUAAUAUCCUGGUAAAAUCUUUGGACUGUAUAAAAUAACCUCUAUUGCAGUACCUGGUAAAGAUCAAAUGGGAUGCAGAGAAAUCUGUUAGUAUAGAUCUAGGUUUUUGAAGUUUGGUAGUUACAUGAAUAUAUCUGUGUGACCUAUCUUAAAAUUAAGAUCUGAGCUGCUUGUAGUUCUCCCUGCGGUGGUGGUUUUUCCUGGAAUGUGAUGGCUAGCCAUGUGUUCGUAAGCAUUGCUCUUGAAAUUUUGAAAGCUUUCAGAAUGCUGCAGAAAUCUUGCCCCGAAAAGCUGACAGACAUCCCCUCCUUUUCCCUUCCCGCAUGCCUUCGGCAAGCCCUGAUCUGUUCACACUGGAAUUCAGGUGCAGGAGUGAACAGUCCGAGACCCUACCUUAAAAGAAAUUAUGUAUAGAGGGUCCAAAAGGAGGUGAGGGUUAUAUACUCAAGCUGUCCUUUGCAGACCAAGUUUAGGAAUAUAUGUGUUAAGAAAUGAACAGCAUAUUGCAAGGGGAAAAGAAUGUAUUUAUUGCUUGCAUAUUGUCAAGUUAUAAUAUGCAGGUUGUCUUAUGGAUAGUAUACUUACGCUCACUGAGUAAAUGAUGAAACCACUUGCCUUUCUUGGAUCUCUUUAGUGCUAGAUAUAAAGUUUCCAUCUUCUCAGCAAGGGGGCACUGGAAUCAUUCUGGGAGAAGUUAGGCUGGCAGGCUGAAGUUACUGCCCUAACGUGUGCCUACCGCUUGUGUGUCACACAUACAUAUCCUCAUCUUCAAAUGUGCAUAUUAUGCAAUGUCAUGUCUUAAAGAAGUGUGGAUUUUAGGAAGGUUACAGCCGAGUAUAUCCCCCUAGCCUUGUUUGGCAGCUGUUUGCUCUUAUUUAAUUUGAGAUUAAUAUUUUUUAUUUCUGAACGUGUCUAUCUCUUAGACAUAAAAGUAUUUAAUCUUUAAUUUAAUUGAAAUCUUUUGAUAGAUUGUGAAUUGACUUUGGAUUUUUUUCUACUGAAAUUAUUUAAGAGCUCUCAGUUGUUGCCAAGGAAGUUAGAAUUAAUUUAACUUUUUUUUUUUAACAUUGCACUAUUUUGGGGAGCAUUUUGCUAAAAAUAUUUAACAAAGUUGCAAAUUUGCAUGUAUUUAAUUUAUUUUGUAUCUUCUGAAGUUUUAUAUUUUUCUUUAUGUGCAUGUGCACUGCCAGAAAAAUGAACUGUGAACUUGCCAUAUGCAAUCUUUAACAAAAUUGCUAAUUCAGAACUAGUCUGUACUCUCCUAUCAGCUGUUCAUGGCUGAAAUUUCUAUUAUGAGCUAAAUAAUUAUCCUCUUGUUUUGGUUCUAAAACAGUUAUCUUAAGGAACACCAAACUGUUACUGUCAAAGACUUUGUAUUGUUUUCUUGUACAAUGAAAAUACAAGACUAUAAACUUUUGUUCUGUAAGCUAAAUUCAAAGUUUAUUAUAGAAUUGCAUUUUAAAUGCAGCAUUAGCUUAAAAAAUUUCAUGAGUUCCCCAUAUCAUCAUCAUUAACAUCUGACAGUUCAGACAGUUAUCCUGAGCUUGAGGAAUAAGUUAGCUUUGACAUUUCUUAGUUGCGCUAGUGCUGAUCAGCCAGUCAGUUCAUCUAGCCAAAACAGUGUAAGUUUCUCCAAGCUAACUUUGAGAUCAAGACUGCAAGAGAACUUUCUGUGACUGAAAUGUUGAAAAGAUUUGUUAUGCUGAAGUGCUCAAAGGAACACAGAAGAUAUUUACUAAAUUGGAAAUAACUUUCAAUUACACUUAUUCUCCUUAUAGAUUUUUAUUUUACAAGCCUAUUUUAACUAGGCAGUUUAAGUUUGUAUUGCAUAAUAUAUAUUCAACUUUUCUACCAUUUUUAAGUCUUGCACAUUUAUAUGUAGAAAUAAAAACCAAACAUCUGCUCUGCAGAGUUCAAAACCUGUCUUGCUAUUUUCCACUACUUGAUGCUAUCUUAAUUUUUCUUUCUUCAUUCUUUGAAUGUUCUCUUAUAUUUAUUCUAGACUUAAUUUUAAAAUUGUGAUUUAUAGUGCAAAUUAAAUUACACAUCUAAAGUCAUGCAUGGGACAUAUUUUGUUGGAAACACUGUUCACGAAUGGAAAACUUACUUAAGAUGAAGCUAAAAUGUAUAUUGUUCUCUUUGCUAAUAAUUAACAACUAUUUCCUGCUCACUUGAGCUUCUUUUAUUGAAUUAGUUCAAAUAUCUUGUGUUUGUCCUUGAAUUCAUAUUUCAUUGACUUUUCUUUAAAGCAAGGGUUUUUUUUAAAACCUGGAAAGAUCUUGGCUGACAUAUUUUUAAGUUUGUACUUUACUUAACAAGGGUGAGAGUGGAUUAUCCUGAAUACAUUAAAAAUUAAAAAAUAAAUCACAGACUUUACUACAGUAACUUCUGCCUACAGAACCUUUUAAAUAACUCUUAAAGUUCAUUUUAUAAAGCCUAAUGAAUUAAGGUUCACAUUUGCCUGGAAAAAAUGAUAAAUAAGGCUUGGAAAUAAAUGCUUGGAAGUUAUUUUUAGCUUAAAAUUUAAUUUGAAUAAGUCAGAAGUUAAACCAAAUGGUUGCGCAGGUCCCAAAUGAACAGGCCUAGCCAGAUUUCUGUUAUUGGAGAGCAUGAGGUUUAGAGGAGAAAGACCUUGUGAAAAUGAAGAAGAUAUCAAUUAUAAGUUAAAGGGAAUUAAAAAAAUAAAUAGGAUAAUCUUCAUCUGCCCUUGCUUUGAUGUUCACCUUUAAUGCGACUGUAUGAAUUGAAAAAUGCAUUGGACAACAUCUGCUAUACAGGAUGGAACACCACUCCACAAGUUUGUGUCUUGCUCUCACAAUCUUGUCAAUUUGAAACACUUUUCAUUGUGGGAGAAGUAUGGGGGUUGAAGCAUUCUGUAGAAUUAUACAUGUCUAGUUUGUAAAGUGUGUAAUGUGUACUGCAGAUGUGUAUUCUCUGGGCUCUAUGUAUCUUUACAGUAGCGUUCAUUUUAGGAAAAAAUAAAUUGUGGACACGUUUUGGUGGUAACAAGGGGAAAUUUUUUGCCAUUGCAUCAAAUGAUGCUGAAAUGUAUUAAACUCUUACUAGCAGAUCUGAACCCUUCUUCCCCCAUCCCUUGGAGAUAAGUCUUUUAUCUCCGUUCUGAAGUUCUAUCAAAGACGGAUGGAUACACUGGCAGACUGCAUGAUGUAUCAUUUGAAAACUGUUACAGUGGAAAAUAAAAUUGAACUAAACUUU